AAAGGCCAAAACAAAACAAACGAAAAAACAGGCUGUGUGGGCAAUAUGUAGGCUCAGAAGGCAACAACUUCUGGUUUUCUGGUUGUGUGGUGAAAACUGAGAAGCAAGAAAACCGCAGUUAUAAAAGGGACAAAGCUAAACAGAUUCUAGUGAGCGAAGCUACUGAUCAGAGUGAGGAAAAAAUGACAUCAAAACUAUCGUCUUCUGCAAGAAGAAGACAUCUGCAGUUUCUUCUACAAUUCCAAUGGCUCUUGGUACUUGUAUUCAAUUACCAGAUAUCCCUUUUUGCUGCUCAAGAAACUGAGGAGGCUGUUGGUUAUGGAUAUGUAAUCAAGUCAGUAGGGACUGAUUCAGCUGGAAGGUCAAUGACUGCUCAGCUGGACUUGAUCAAGGAGUCCUCUGUUUUUGGCCCUGAUAUACCAAAUCUCCUGCUAACAGCAAGCUUUGAAACAAAUGACCGUUUGAGAAUUCGAAUAACUGACCCCAAUAACCAAAGAUGGGAAGUCCCCUUUGACAUUCUUCCCCGCCAACCACCAACUCAGCUUCUUCAACCACCGCCAAACCACAGCAACAUCCGCCACCUUCUCUCUGACUCCACCUCAGACCUCGUAUUCCAACUCCACAACACUUUCCCAUUUGGCUUUUCCGUCAGCCGCCUCUCAACGGGGGAGACCCUCUUCAACACCACCCCAGAACCCAACAACCCCAACACAUUUCUCAUUUAUAAAGAUCAGUAUCUCCAGCUCUCCUCCUCAUUGCCUCCAGACAGAGCCAACAUCUACGGCCUCGGCGAGCAUACGAAGAGCACAUUCAGACUCAAACAUAAUCAGACACUGACCCUUUGGAAUGCAGACAUUGGAAGCGUUAAUCUUGAUCUUAACUUGUAUGGAUUCCAUCCAUUUUACUUGGAUGUUAGGCCGCCCAAUGGGAAGAGUCAUGGAGUUUUGCUGCUCAACAGUAAUGGAAUGGACAUUGUAUAUACAGGGGAUAGGAUUACUUAUAAGGUAAUUGGUGGGAUUCUUGAUUUAUAUUUCUUUGCUGGACCAACCCCAGAGAUGGUUAUUGAUCAGUAUACUCAGCUCAUUGGGCGUCCUGCUGCUAUGCCUUACUGGUCCUUCGGAUUUCAUCAAUGCCGUUACGGUUACAAAAAUGUUUCUACUCUUGAGAGAGUUGUUGCUGGUUAUGCAAAAGCAGGAAUUCCUCUAGAGGUCAUGUGGACAGAUAUAGACUACAUGGAUGCUUAUAAGGAUUUCACACUAGAUCCUAUCAACUUUCCGUUGGAUAAGAUGAAAACUUUUAUUGAUAUGCUUCACCAUAAUGGUCAAAAAUAUGUAGUCAUUCUUGAUCCAGGUAUCAGCAUCAAUCAGACAUAUGCAACUUACAUUAGAGGAAUGCAAGCAGAUAUUUUCAUAAAGCGUGAAAAUAUGCCUUAUGAAGGUAGAGUUUGGCCCGGGGAAGUGUACUUCCCAGAUUUUCUAAAUCCGGCUGGAGGACUCUUCUGGAGCAAUGAAAUCAGUGAAUUCCACAAGCAUGUCUCCUUUGAUGGUCUUUGGAUUGACAUGAACGAGAUAUCAAAUUUCAAUACUUCUUCUCCUAACCCAACUUCUACUAUUGAUAACCCUCCCUAUAAGAUAAACAACUCUGGAGCUCAGUUGCCCAUCGCUUGGAAAACAGUCCCUGGAACUGCUGUGCAUUUUUUCAAUGUUACCGAAUAUAAUGUGCACAACCUCUAUGGGUUCCUAGAGUCUAGAGCAACUAGUCAGGCACUAGUCAAAUUGAAAGGUAAAAGGCCAUUUGUACUUUCCAGAUCAACUUUUGUUGGUUCAGGAAAGUUCACAGCACAUUGGACUGGAGAUAAUGCUGCCACUUGGGAUGAUUUGGCAUACACAAUCCCCACCAUUUUGAGUUUUGGACUUUUUGGAGUUCCAAUGGUUGGAGCAGAUAUAUGCGGUUUUUCUUUAAACACCACAGAAGAGCUUUGUCGUCGUUGGAUACAGCUAGGGGCCUUUUAUCCUUUUGCUAGAGAUCACACCUCCAUCGAUACCAUCUCUCAAGAACUUUACAUUUGGGAUUCAGUUGCUGCAUCAGCCAGAAAGGUGCUAGGACUCCGCUAUCAGUUACUUCCAUACUUCUACACGCUAAUGUAUGAGGCACACUUGAAAGGAACGCCUGUUGCACGACCCCUCUUUUUCUCAUUUCCGGACGAUAUUAAUACAUAUGGAAUCAGCUCACAAUAUCUUCUUGGCAAAGGUGUUAUGAUCUCACCUGUACUGAAGCAAGGAGCAGUCACAGUUGAUGCAUACUUUCCGGCAGGAAAAUGGUUUAGCCUCUUCAAUUACUCACAAUCAGUGAGUUUGACUGAGGGACAGUAUGUUACACUAGAUGCACCGCCAGAUCAUAUCAAUGUACAUGUUCGUGAAGGAAAUAUACUGGCCGUGCAAGGGAAGGCUAUGACAACUCAAGCUGCACGGAAAACCUCAUUUAAUCUUUUGGUCGUUGUUAGCAGCAAAGAGAACAGCACAGGAAAAUUGUUCCUGGAUGAUGGAGAGGAAGUGGAGAUAGCAAGUGAUAAAGGGAUGUGGACAUUGGUUCAAUUCAAUAGCUACAUAUAUAAUGGUACUGUAACUCUUGAAUCCAAGGUUGUUAAUGGAGACUUCGCUCUAAGUCAGAGGUGGAUCAUCGAUAAGGUCACAUUUUUAGGCCUUGACAAUGUAAGAGAACUAAAGGGGUAUGCAAUCACAACUAGCAAUAGACAGCAAAAGUAUCAAAUUGCUGGAAUGAGAAGUAUGAGAAGUGAACUGAAGGUCAACGGACAGCUUGCCUCAGUAGAGAUUUCAGGGAUGAAAAUGCUUGUCGGGAAGGAGUUGAAAUUAGAGCUUAAACUCAGCAUCUGAGGGAAGAUCUUCAACAGCCUAAGAUGAUAUGAUGGUAUUACUGGACAUUCAUGUGUUUGAUAAUAACAACAACAAAUAAAACAUACAUUCUCAAGAACCUAAACGAUCCAGCAAAUUUCUUGCA